AUGCGACUGGAUUUCCACGAUUUCCACUGUGAAUACGUCGGAUCUUAUCGAAAGGAAAAUAUUUUUUACCAAGAAAGAGUUGUACUCGAGAAUUUGUCUACUUGCUUUGCGAGAAAAGUUUUAAUUUCAGACGAUGAUUGCAAGUGGAUGUUACGUGCUUCGAGUGUCAAGCAAUCCGCCAUCUUCAUGAUCCGCAAAUUCAACAAUGUGCACACAUGUUCCAUAGAUUAUCGUCGUAAUGCACAUCGACAUGCCACUAGUUCCGUAAUUGCCGAGCAGAUUAUGGGAAAAUUGGACAAUACGUAUGGAUCGUAUGAUCCUACCGCUAUUGCACGUGACAUGGAACGUGAGUUUGAUGUGAAAAUUAGUUACCAUCAAGCAUGUAGGGAAAAUGUCGCUGCUUUACAUAUGCUACAUGGUACAUCGGGUGAUAGCUUUCAAAAACUUUCUUCCUACUGUCACGUCCUAGGAGAGAGUAAACCGGGGACAGUAACACACAUCGAAGUAGAUUCUCAUAACAGGUUUCACUACAUUUUCCUAGCUUUCGGUGCAAGUAUUCGGGGUUACGUGCACUACUUGAGGCUUGUUAUUUGUGUUGACGACAGUCACUUGAAAUGUCCAUACAAAGGUAACCUUCUACUGGCAACUGUCCAAGACGCCAACAAACAGAUUUAUCCAUUAGCAUGGGAGAUCGUUGUUGGUGCCGAAACGAAUAGAUCGUGGAUGUGGUUUUUAUCAAACUUGAAAGAUCUUAUAGGUGACUCGGAGGAAUUGGUGAGAGCCAUAAGAACUUACCGGACCGAAGAGUCUGAAAGACUUAUGGGACAACUUCGUAGGAAGUGGUUUUAUGAACGUCAAGCAAGUGCAACCGCAUGCAGUACCGUACUGUCACCAGCAAUGGAGAAUGAGUUACAGACGACGUUCGAAGCAGGUACUGGCUACGAGCGCAUGGCUUGA